UGGAAGAAGAUAGGAGAUAGGAUUUCAGCCGCUAAUGAAAACUCAACACGAUCAGUUUGUGUUCUUCCGUUGACAAAUAAGUUUUACAAGAGUGUAGUUUCGAGAGCCUUGUGAAAGUAUACGUACACGUUUAUUAAUGUGCAUAUACUUAUAACGUUGUGUCUAAAUACGUGACAAGCAUAAACAUUAAGCAGCAGCAGUAGCAUUACAGUAGUAGGUUAACUUUGACUAUCAGUGAUGGUUUCAGGUACAUAAGGACUAUAAAAAUUGAAGAAAGUUUACCGGGUGAUUUAUGUGUUGCGCAAAAUCUUGUUAAACACCACCUGUGCAAGAAAAAACGUCACAAUUUUUUUGCAAAAAUGUCCGACGUGGGGACUUGGUUCAAAAGUUUGCCAGUAUUCACGAGAUACUGGCUGGCCCUGACUAUCGCUUUUUCCAUCAUCGGCAGGUUCAAAAUUAUUAGUAUAAGCAAUCUCGUACUGCUGUAUGACCCUUUUAUUCGCAACUUCGAGUUAUGGAGAGGUCUUACCAGCCUGUUUUUCUACCCAGCGAGUUUUCAUUUACUCAUGAACCUGUAUUUUUUGUACAAUUACUCGCUAAGACUGGAGAGGAUAGAUUUUGAUGGCAGGCCUGCAGAUUACUUCUUCUUACUUAUAUUCAACUGGAUUUGCUGUCUUGUAGCGGGAUUAUUACUAAACUUUACUUUAUUGAUGAAUUCCAUGAUCGUUAGUGUUAUUUACGUCUGGUGUCAGUUAAACAAGGAUGCUAUUGUACAAUUCUGGUUUGGGUUACAAUUUAAAGCCAUGUACUUGCCAUGGGUUCUCUUUGGAAUCAAUUUCAUUAUUAACCAUGAUGGAUUAGAAGAGCUCAUUGGGAUUCUUUGUGGACAUUUGUACUUUUUCUUGAAAUUCAAAUACCCUCAAGAGUUCGGAGGACCAAGUUUGCUCAGCACUCCAUCUAUUUUAGAAUAUUAUUUUCCUCAAAGAAGUAAUAUCCGUGGUUUUGGAGCUGCACCAACAGCGCAACCUUCUACCAAUUCACCAUUUGGCCAUAGUUGGGGACGUGGUCAAGUGUUGGGGCAAUAAUUUAGUAUUCAAGUGUGUUUAGUGAAUUUAUUUUGCUGGUGGUUGAGUGGGAUGUGAAGCGUUUUUUCUUUUUUUUUUUCAAAAAUUAUGUAUUCUAUUGCCGAUUCCGAUACAACUGUUAUUAAACAAACGAAUUAUUUGUUGUGAGUCAUUAAUAUUACAAAGACGAUAAUUUAAGAUGGAUGUUGGAAUAUUCAUAAAAGUUGUACAAGUAUAUUUGAUUUUAUAAUUUUUUUGAAAGUGAUAAUAUAAACAUUACAACAUAAUUUUGUUUUGUAAAAAUGUA